CUCCUUCACUGAAAGCCAUGAAGCAUACAUCUGGCAACGGCGUGUGUGGGUCUAUCCUCUAUCGCCAAUCUCGUCCAUUUUGCUCGUAGUUUGUGUUUUGCUCCAUUUGUGAUUGUGAUUUGGACCGCACGUGAAUUGAUUUGUACGCUGUAGAUUUGUAAAGAUCUGUUUUCAGUCAGCUCCUCAUAAUUGUUUGAAUAUGCCUAGGUUAUCUUGCGUGCCAGGCUGCAAAUCUAAUUAUAAAAGUACCCUGAAAAAUGAAGAAUUACAAACAACUUUUUGUUUUCCCAAUGAAGAAUCCCUUCAAAAGUUAAGGCUGAAGGCCAUUCACCGUGACUACUAUUCCAUAACAAAACAUUCAGUGGUAUGCUGCAAGCAUUUUACAGAAGGUGAAAUAAGGCGCUUUGGGGUGUUUAAGGACAAGAUAGUGUUUUUCAAGAACGCCCUCUAGCACGGCCAACAUUAAAAAGAGGAGCUGUACCCCAUAUAUUUGCAAAUUUACCAAAAUAUAUGAGUACUCCCGAGCCGAAUGCACGUCGAGA